CUGCGGCCGCCGAGGGAACUGCAGCAGAAAAACGUCCAGGUCCUGCUGACAUUUUAUACCCAGACACAGAGGCUCUAAAACGGUCAAUUUGAUCGUUAAAAUGCCGGGAAUGAUGGAUAAAGGCUCGGAGUAUUUAGGGAAAGGUCGAUCAAACGGCACCAAGAGUCCGUCCAACGCUUCAAAUGGACAUUUUUCUGACGAAAGUGGCAGCGACGACGAACACGAUGUGGGGAUGCGGGUUGGAGCCGAUUAUCAGGCCAACAUUCCCGAGUUUGAGCCCGGUUCUACUAAGUACACGGAUAAAGACAGCGGCGGGAUGCUGGUUUGGUCUCCAUAUCACACCAUCGUUGACUCCAAAUUGGAUGAAUACAUCGCUUUAGCUAAAGAGAAACAUGGAUACAACGUGGAGCAGGCACUCGGGAUGCUCUUCUGGCACAAACACAACAUAGAGAAGUCUCUGGCCGACCUGCCCAACUUCACCCCGUUUCCAGACGAGUGGACGGUGGAGGACAAGGUUCUGUUCGAGCAGGCCUUCAGCUUCCACGGGAAGAGCUUCCAUCGCAUCCAGCAGAUGUUACCGGAUAAAUCCAUCUCCAGUCUGGUGAAGUAUUACUACUCCUGGAAGAAGACUCGCUCCAGAACCAGUCUGAUGGACCGGCAGGCGAAACUGGCCAACAGGAGCAACCAGGACGACAGUGAUGAGGAGAUGGAGGAGGCCGCUCCCAUCGAAGCCAACGACAGCGACUACGACCCCAACAAGGAAACCAAGAAAGAGAACCAGGUGGAGCCGGUGGUGCCGGGCUCUAAGGUGGCGUUGGGUCGGCGGGAGCAUCAGACCCUGCAGCACCGACACCACCAACGCUCUCGCUGCCGCCCCCCAAAAGGCAUGUACCUGACCCAGGAUGACGUGGUGGCCGUGUCCUGCAGCGCCUCCGCCGCAAACACCCUCCUCCGACAGCUGGACAUGGAGCUGGUGUCCCUAAAGAGACAGGUGCAGAACGCGAAACAGAUGAACAGCGGCCUGAAACACAUGUUGGAGACUGGGAUUGAAGACUGCAAACUGGCUGAGGGUAACCAGAAAAUAAACGCCCGCUGGACCACAGAUGAGCAGCUACUGGCUGUUCAAGGUGUGAGGAAAUACGGGAAAGACUUCCAGGCCAUCGCUGACGUCAUCGGUAACAAGACGGUGGGCCAGGUGAAGAACUUCUUUGUGAACUACCGGCGGAGGUUCAACCUGGACGAGGUGCUACAGGAGUGGGAGGCCGAGCAGGGAACGCAAGCUCCCAACGGAGACAGCGCCACCUCUGGAGAGGAGGGGAAGACAAGCCCCACCACCCCGUCAGGGAAGAGCACAGACGAGGAAGAUGAAGAAGGUCAGGUGACCUCCUCAGGUGCGUCUCUUGCUGCCUCCUCUUCCUCCUCAGCUCAGAUACCAGUGACGUCCACCUCCUCCUCCUCCUCCUCUUCCUCCCUCCACCAGCCUCCGCCCCUCCUGAGACCCUCCCUCCCCGCCACACCCUCCCUGCACCGCCAGCCCCCGCCCCUCCAACAACAGGCUCGAUUCCUGCAGCCUCGACCGACACUGCAGCAGCCUCCUCCUCUAAUCCGCCCGUCCAACCCUCUUCCUCCUCGUCUCAACCCACGUCCUCCGGCUCCCAUGACCCUCGGCGGCAUCAACCCCGGGGGGUCGGGUCCGAGCUCCGCACAGCAGCCCCCUGGCCUGGCCGUCCACCAAUCAGAGGCCUCAUCUUCUUCCCUCCACUGACGAUUUAUCAGUUACAGGCGACUGUGUGUGAAUGUGUGUGAAUGUUAGCAAAAAGUUGAUGAAUGAAUGACUUGUAGUUUGUAAAGCGCUUUGAUGGGUUGUGAAGACCGGAUAAAGCGCGAUAUAAGUACAGUCCAUUUAACAUUUCUGUUAAAGACACUGAGGGAAGAAAAUGUUAAAUCUGAAGCUGCUGCUUUCAGGUCCUGUGGGAAAUCUUGAGUCUUCAGAACAAUAAGAGAGUUUUUUUCAGGCUUUAACUCGUAAAGGUGACACAUUAACUAAGGGUGUUAAAGUCACAAACCUCGGUUUUUGAGCCACAUGUAUCUGUUCAUACCUCAACUUUUUUUUGAUGUGCGUGUUCCUUAGCUGGGAGGAGAAAAAGUAAGGGUGGGGGGUAAAGAGAUAGUAUUCUGGGUUUUAUUAAAUCAUCUUCAAGAUCAACUUAAAAACACUGAGGAAGAUAAACUUUAUAUAUAAACUUAAAUAAAUAAUAAAGACCAGUCUACACAAAGCUGUCUGUUAGUUAACCUACAAUAUAAUGCAGUCUCAGGUUUAUUAGCAGACGUACUGAGAGCUGUGCCUUGUAAAAUAACUACUUCUAAACAACCAUUUACAGAAAAAAAGAGUGUAAUUAUUAGAAGAACAGUAUUUUAGGUCAGUUUUAUCUUUCUUAUAGGACUUACACAAAGCCGGCCUGCUGUUAGAUAGACUCUUGGUUCUGAAAUGUGUGUUUAGUAAAAGACUUUUGACUAAAAUUCUUAAAAUCUUUAGAAUUUUGUGUCACAAUAAAUGUGACCUUUUCAUUCACUACACAUGUGGCGUCCCACAGGGUUCAAUCCUGGGUCCCCUCAUUUUUCUCUUGUAUGUCUUCACUUGGACCAGUAAAACAUUUCAAAUUGAGAUAUUUAUCCAUCAGCUCUAAUCGGUAGCAGAGUAGAUACUUAAAGCUUGAUGUUGUAGUAUUUCUAAAGCUAAGUAAUCAGAAAGUCUGAAUUAACUUUAGUUUAGGAACCUGAAUCAGUGGCAUUUCUUACAUUAAGAAACUCAACAUUGUUAUUCAUUUAUUUAUGUAUCCUCCAAAACGUCUCGUGUUUUCCAACGGGCUUUAUGAUCUUCAAUCCAUUGGAUUUUAAAGAUUAAAUUAGGAAAAACUUGGGGCUCCGGUUUUAAAGAAUCAGUAUGGUGUAUUUUUCCUUCUGUCAUCAAAUAUCAUGUUUAGACUCAAACCAAGAAUGUGUUAGUCUGCCUCUAAAUACUGUUUUACUUCCAGUUUGUGGCUCUCAGCUACAUCAUACAGCUAAAUAUCUAAAGUGUCAUGUUUUUGACAAACAAAGGGGAGGAAAAGGUGUGUUUGCAGGGGAUAUUUCAGAUGUGGUACAACAUAAUACUAUUUUAUUACUGUUGGUUUGAGUCAAAGCAACAUGAAACAUAACCAUCAUUAUUAUUAUUAUUAUUAUUAUUAUCAUUAUUAUUAUUAUUAUUAUUAUUAUUAUUAUUAUCAUUAUCCGUGGUCACUGGUGGAAAAUAACCACGGACUGAAGGCCUCAGUGUUGUGUACAUUACAUUAGCAUUAGACAUCUACAUGUACAGUUUGGUUUCUAUUUUAAUCAUUUCUAACCUACUGUCCAUCCAAUCCGCUGUUUCUAAUUGUUAACUUAUGUAUUUGAUUCAAUGCUUUUUUGAACACUAAAGCCUCCCCCCUUCAGUCCAGAAAAGUCUCCUUCAGCCGAAUGAAAACGCUCCUCACUGUUGGUCUAAUUGUUCUCAGAGUAGCCGUUUGUUUUUCCGACAUGUUGUUAAUAUUUUUUAAUCCUAAAUGUCAUCUGAGCUCCAGAUGUGCUGUCUUUCUGUCCUUUCAUUAUUUAUUCUUCUUCCUGGUGCUAGCAGUUUGGACUUGGUGUAAAAUAUCAUUGUGAAAGUGCUCUUAAUGCUUUUUGGACAAACACAUUAAAUGUAUUUGGAGUCAUAGAGUCAUACAAAGAGUCCUUUGUGUUUCAGUAGCACUUGUAAAAUAUUGCUGUUAACAUAAAGCUGCUGAGACGUCCCAUUAAAAACAUGAUUUGUA